GGGUUCUUUCUUGCAAUGCAGGAGGAUGAUGGUAUUGGGGAUGAGCUUAAAGGUAAUGUCUUUUGGGCUGAUGAGAGGUGUAGAAUGGCUUAUAAGUGGUUUGGAGAUGUGGUUAUCUUUGAUAUGUCGUUUAAGAAGAAUCAGUACCGAGUUCCAUUUGCUUUGUUUCUCCGGUUUCAAUCAUCACCGGCAGCCUGUGUUGUUUGGCUGUGCACUUCUUGUUGAUGACUCUGAAUCAUCACUUGUUUGGCUUUUCAAAGCUCUGCUUUCAGCGAUGUCAGGGCGGCAGCCUGUUUCAGUGAUUGUAGAUUUAGAUUGGAGUGUAGAAGCGGCUGUUCGCAAGGUGUUUCCGAAUGUCCGGUGCCGUUUCUGCAAAUGGCAUAUCUUGAAAGAAGCCAGGGAGAGUUUAUCGCAUGUGUUUGAUGAGCAUGAAUCCUUUGAAGGAGAACUUCAUGAGUGUGUUAAUGCAGAAAUGGUUGACGAGUUUGAAUUCUAUUGGAAUAGUUUUGUUACUCGGUUUGGCCUUGGAGGAAAUGAGUGGAUUCAGUCAGUAUAUGGUUGUCGGCAUCAAUGGGUUCCGGCAUACUUGCGGAGUACAUUCUUUGCAGAAUUUGCACCAUCCCGGAAAUGUGAAUGCAAGAGUUCACUUUUUGAGGGGUUUAUAAGUGCAGAAACGAAUUCGCAAGUGUUCAUUCAACAGUGUGAGAAAGCAUUGGACUGCAGGUAUGAGAAGGAAGUAAAAGCAGAGUUUGAUACGACUUAUGCAAUACCGAUCUUAAAGACAUUGUCACCUAUGGAAAAACAAGCUUCAGAGACGUAUACCAGUAAGAUAUUUAAGAAAUUUCAGGAAGAGUUAACUCAAUCCGUUGAUUUUACUGCAGAUAAGGUAAAUGAUGAGGGUGAUACUGGCAUAUAUCAAGUGGUAAAACUGGGGGAAGAACAUAAAGUGUACAAAGUUGUUUUCAAUGCCCCUCAAAUCAGAGCAAGUUGUAGCUGUCAGAUGUUUGAGUAUUGUGGCAUUCUCUGCAGACACAUACUAAAAGUCUUCAGUGCAGCGAAUAUUCAGGCACUCCCAUCCCAUUACAUUUUAAAACGUUGGACAAGAAAUGCCAGGAGUGAAGGUGAGAAUGAUAGUUCUAAUGGCCUUAUUGCUGUUGAAGUUAAUGUUGAAUCACAGGAUAAAGACAUGGGUAUGCCACAAUCUCUAACUUGGCGUUACAACAGUUUAUGCCGUGAAGCUAUGAAGUUUGUAGAGGAUGGAGCGACAUCUCCUGAGAUUUACAGUAUAGCAUUAUGUGCUUUAAAAGAGGCUGUGGAGAAAGUUGCUAUGGCAAAGCAAAAGGAUGAGAAAAUUGAACCGGCAGAUAUUGUGCCUAAUGAAAUGCGAGUUCAGCCAUCUAGAAUAGAACUGCAGGACACAUUACUUGCGGUGAAAUCUGUAAGUUCAGACAAAGUUGGAUUGGUGACAUUUUUUAACCCCUUGAGUGAAGUGGCGAAAACAACAGUGUCACAAGAAUUCAGACAGAAACAACCAUUGGAGGAAGGUCAAUUAUUACAACCGCCUUGUAAUCUUCUCCUGGUUCCCACUUUGCCAAGUUCCUCGCACCUUUUAUCUGCAGCAGCUCCUUUGGCUUUAAAAACAAGUAAUGGGAAUUUUGAUGGUAGUACACCGGUCUUGGUAAGUUUGUCUGCAGGAAAUAUCUCAAAGGAAGACUCCAAUCAUGGACAGGCAAAUUCACAGCCAUCUCCAGGAUGCCCUGCCGUUCAGAUCGGUCAGACAAGCACCACUCCGGUUUUUUCUGGUAAUACAACAAAUACCGGUUCAUCUGAGACACAAGUGAUGGCUGUUCCAAUGACUUUGUUUGUACCACUAUUUAGCAACUCAUCCACGCCUUCUUCAGGUGCCGGUACAAAUUCAAACAUAGCACUCAUCGCUUCUGCGCCAACAAUUCAAGCAGACGCAAACAGAAGCUGCCCUUCACAGGCCCUGAGUCCAAGCCAAACAAACAUCCCGGUUGGCACAUUACAGAAAGGAGCUCAACCACCAGCUUCGUCAGAACCCCUCGCCAACUCUGUACGAGCCACUGCUAUCGCAGCUGGUGCUCGUAUCGCCUCUCCAACUGCCGCAGCUUCAAUCAUAAAAGCCAUGCAAUUAAAAACCCCUAUCCAUAUCAAAGCAGGAGCAAGCUCUCCUGCCCGAUCAACAUCACCAUCCGAUCUCGGAUCACCAGUUCUGAAGCCAUCAUCCUUACCCACUGAUACAAGCAUGGCUCAAAAUGUGCUCAUGGACCCGGGUUUAAAUGCAGGAAAUUCUGGCGGUGCUGUCGAGUCCCCGGAAAAGAGGGGUAUGGAUUUUACUGAUUCAAGUGAUGAUGAGGAGAUGACAUAUGCCGGAGAUUAGCAUGCAACUUAGCUAGAAAAUGCUGCACAACUACAAGCAGCUCAUGGUGUAGAAUUGCUCCUAGACUAACUUGUUAGGAUCAAAUAGUUAGAUGAAAAAAGGUCAUACUGUAAAAGCAUGGUUAUCAGAUUAUGAAACCAAAUCUAUAGUUUGCUGGGAAGCUCAUGUUGUUGCUGUUGUUGUUUGUGGGGUGGUUUUCUAGUGAAACUUAAUCCUCUGUCGAACAUGUGGAUAUAUGAUGAGAAAUAGAAAGAUAAUA